AUGGUACAUACCAAUGAAGGUCGUACACCGGUAGAUGGUAUUCUCUGCACCAAAUUCGACUGUACACCAAAUGUUGUAGUACGAUUUGUAAGUUCGCUAGUAUUUGUAAUGUCACGUGGGACACGGCAAACGUUUGAAUCUGAUGAUACGGAACCUUCUUUUGUCCUUGUUCGAACAGUAAUGAAAAUUGGUGGAUCGUCCGCAAAAUCGGACAAUCGGAGAAUUCCCAUUUAUAUUGCUAUAAUAUGUUAG